GCACCGAGAGACCACCUAUUAUUGUCCUCGUGUUCCUUCCCAGUUAUCAAUUAACGCCAUCUCCUUAUCUUAGUCUGGAAUUCACUUGAAGAACAUAUGUCCCUAUAAUCCUGUAUUGGCCCGAAAAUAUUUAAACCUACGUGACAUGCUGGAGAGUACAAAAGCCAAAGCCAUCGGUCUCCAGAUGGUUGAGGAAUUUCAUGUCCCAGGGAAGCUGUAUUACAAGUGCAUAUUGUGUGGAAAUCAUGGAAAGAUGCAAGUCAUGUAUGAUCAUGUGGUCGGGAGAGAACACAUGAAUAAAUACAUGAAAAUGAGAGGGGAUUGCAGAGGCCAUUUUAUGUCAGCAAAUGAGCAAGAGGCUCUCUGCAAUCAUAUAAUUAAUACGGAAGGAACUCACAUUGCUGAAAUAAAGAAGAUAAAAGGUUCGAAGUAUUUCCCUUAUCGAUGGAUGCUGGAAUCGUCAAAUUAAUGGCACGAGAAAGUAAUUAUCUUUAUGUUUUUGUAAAUGAAAUUGAUUGUAAUGUGAGUGAUUAAAUAUUGCUUUCUUGUGUAUUAUUUUGUUAUUUUUGAGACACGGAUUUAUAAUUUAGUUUCAUGCUUUUUAUGAUAUGCUUGUAUUAGAAAGAACCAAGUUGAAACAAAACUAGUGUGAAUUUGAAGGUUUUGCUAAUUCAUUAUACAAAUUUAGUUGUGAUGAAUGAUGUCAUGUAUGAAGAUGUCUUUUCUAUUUCUGUUGAGGAAAAAAAUAAGUUAUUUGGUUUGCACAAAAACAGAUAACAAAAUGUUUUGGUUCUAAGGUUAUGGCUUGUCCAUGAAUGGACUUAUUUGUAAAAUUGCUAGAUUACUUCAGAAUACAUUUUUCAUACAGUUUA